CAGAUAUUUUAGUCUCUCAUUUGGUCACACAGCUUGUUGGGCUUGGGCUUGUUGUGAACUUUUACACGCGUUAAAGUCAAACCUGGCAACCCAACCGCAUGCUCUGAUUCAGAGUGCAGAGGCCACCCCAUAAAAGCGCUAUCACGGAGUGAGCGCCCGUGAUGAUUCCAUUUGGAUUUGACGAUUAAGGGUUUUCUUUUUUCCAUGAAAUUUGUGAAGAAGAGAAUAAACGAAACAAAAAGGUUUGUCACAUAACAGGCAAGCCGCAUCGACGACGACAUCAACAGCGGUCACAAUAGAGCGAGCGCGCAAAGACAUGUGCGAUACGUUAACUUGACAGUUCGGCUCCCAGAUCGCUGGUGAAACAUUAACUAAGUUUUACGUCUGCUAUGUGUAUAACCGAGCACAGUAACAGAUAAUACAGAGUCUAGUUUGCGACCAUUACAAAAAAAACAAAAAAACAAAAUGUGGCACCAAAAUGACGACUGUCAUCGGUGACCAUACUCUUCAUCUUGUGGCUGAGCAAGAAGGCACGACAUGAUUUAUGACUUCCUGAACCCAAGCACUGACUUGACGUGCUUGAAUUUUGCCACAGUAACUUGGAACAUGUUCAAAGGUUAAUGCGGUACUUCGGACUUCCCCUUAUGUGACAGUCAGUAUUGCUGGUCGUGAUGAUUCAGGAAAUGGAGGUGCCGUUCUCUGAGAAGAUGAAGAUGAAUGACUGGCUGCUAAGUGGCUUGUAGGGCGUGAGUAAUUCUUCAGUGAUGGACGAUGUUUCCCAGCAGACCCAGUGAAUCCCAUCAUCGCCGCCUAGAAUGGAAGACCCGCUUUAAGUGCCGCAAGGAGGGGCCACGGUACCGCAGCUCCGAGCUUUCAUAACCCACCUCGCCGCUUCGUUGGCCCGACAGAGUGACAAGAUGUUUUGGAGAGUCCGCCGUUCAAUGAGGAUGCACUGGGUCCGGCUGAUGACCACCUGCCUGGUGCUGUCGGUGGUCAUGGUUUGGUGGGACAACGGCAUGAUGAACCAUGUCAAGUCCUUCUCGUACCGGCUCCUGGUGAACCGCUUCGGCGAUAUCAACAGGAGCCUCACCAUCACGCGGGAGCAGGCUCGCAGCUUCAGCAACUUCCGCAACCUGCUGGAUCACCCGAACAAAUGUGACGACCAGGAUGUCCUCCUGCUGCUAUUUGUGAAAUCGUCGCCGGUGAACACCGCCAGGCGCGAGGCCAUUCGAUCCACUUGGGGUAACGAGACCUUUAUACUGGACUCACUGGGGGUGACGGUUAAGGUGGUCUUCGCCUUGGGAGCGCCCUCGGGACCCAACGGCACGGACGCUAUUCUUCAGAUGCGGCUGUUCCGAGAGGACCGUCACCAUGGCGAUUUGAUCCAGCAGGACUUUCGGGAUUCGUUCCACAACUUAACCCUGAAGCUGAUCAUGCAGUUUCACUGGAUGCACAGGUGCUGCGCUCACGCCCGCUUUUUCAUGACGGCAGACGACGACGUCUUUAUUCACAUGCCCAACUUAGUGGCAUACCUGCAAGGCCUCCGAGACCAGGGGGUCUCUGACUUCUGGGUGGGCCGGGUUCACCGGGGCGCCCCACCGAAGCGCAGUCAAGACAGUAAGUACUACGUACCUCCGGAUAUGUACCAGUGGAUAUCGUACCCGGACUACACGCCCGGGGGGGGCUACGUGCUGUCCGGCGACGUGGCGGACAAGAUCUACCACGCCACCCUGACGCUGAAUGCCUCGCUUCACAUUGACGACGUGUUCAUGGGCAUCUGCGCCAAAGCCGUUGGCGUGUCGCCGCAAGAGCAUUUGUAUUUCGCGGGGGAGGGGAAGGCACCUUACCACCUGUGUAUCUAUAACCAGAUGAUUACCUCCCACGGACACGUGGAGGACCUCCAAGACCUGUGGAAGGCGGCCACACACCCGAAGGUGAAAGAGAGGACGUCCGGACUUCUAGGCAAGCUCUACUGCACGGCCAUGAAGAUCUUUCUGCUAUGUCGAUACCAUCUCAACGGCUACCCUUGCCUCGCCGCUUUUCAUUGAGAUUGUACGAGGAAGGAACAUUUAAGAAUUCAGCGGUACCCUGAUUUACAAAGUGAUUGUGGAGUUUUUUUUGUGAUAAGAUCCCAUUUUUUUUUUUGACUUGCGAGCAAAAAUUAGACCGAAAAGAUAUGAGCGUUAAAUAUUGGCAACGAACUAAGUGCAAUUUGGAAGAGAGUGAAAAAGUUGAGUUGACUGCCAAGCCCAGUUGACUGUCAAACUAAACAUAAAAUAAAGAGCAUUGCAUGUUAUGUUUUUUAAAUAAGCAUUAAACUGUCUUACAAAACAGACAUAAUCUUGACCCUCAACAAUCACUGCAACUUAAUUGAGCUAUUUGGGGUGCGUUCACACUGCAAGAUGUGAUGCCCAAUUCAGACUUUUUUAUUAAAUUUGAUCUGAUGUAUUGGUUCACAUUACAAAAACAAAUACAACUUCUAAUUUGAAAUCAAUGAGUCUGUGAUGUCACACGCAUGGGCACAAUGCAUGACAUGAAGUGACGUACACCAGAGCAGUGCUUACGGAGGUAAAUGUGUAUCAGGGCGCAUUUGAUCAUCUCCUAUCGCAAUAGUAGCAUGGUGGGAAGAAGUAGAAACGUUUUGGGUAUUUGAGUCAAAGCUCCUUGAUCUCAUUUAAUGGAGACGGCUACUGAAGAUGACGUCACGUCAUUGCCGCCUGUAAUAAAUGAACCGUCUGUAUGGCUGGAAUACUUCAAUAACCACGUCAACUAAUUUUUUGGGAUUGUGUUGCUUUAAAAAAAAAAAGUUACAAGUGAGCUUCCCAUUGGCUGGAAGUCGAGUCAAGAGUGGGGAAAAAAACCCAACUACCUAUACCAGGUCAGUGAGUCACUCAUUUUGGUGGGCCCUGACAGGACAAGCUGAACAAGUUCUUAACAACAUGGAUGAAUGAAUGGAAGAAAUCGUCAAAACACACAAAUACAAAAUACAGUAGGCUCACAUCCAGUACCCACAUGAAGACAAUUGGGCUGUCACUCAGUCGGCCCCCGCGCCCUUUAAGUACACAUUUGUGACUACAGGCUUGCCCCACUGUACAGUACAAACUUUUUUUUUUUUACAUUCACUUUUGGGUUUUUUUUAAUAUUCAGUACAGCACUGUGUAUUCAAUCACAUAAACAGGUAUUUUUUAACAGUGGGAAUCAACACAAUUUCAAUUUCAAUAAUAUUGAUUUGAUAUAUGAGUUCUGAGCUUGGUCACAGACACUCAUAAGUCAAGGCGCCACUGUAUGACCUCAGUCCUUUGUGUCAAACACUCCUGACUGGACAUGACAUGACUUAAGUGUUGUAAUUGGAGUCUUUCUUACUGUUAGAGAGAGCAAAAAACUCUACUUAAGAAGUACACAUCCUCUGCUAGUUAAGUAAAAGUACUCCAUUGAGCUGAGUUUUUCCGUAAGUCUCCUAAGACUCUGAAAUGUAAUUAAGGCAAAAAGUAAAAAAUAUAUUUACUGGCAUUUAUAUACAAUAUCCGUUUUGACAAAGCAAGCACAAGCUAUUAACGCAAUCAAAACGUGUUCCCAUAGCUUCGCUAACCUAAACUGACCAAAAAAAAAAAAAACCAAAAGAUAAUUCACUAAUCACGACAACUGGAAAAGAAAAUACAUCUUACCUGGGUGCUUUGUCAAAUUAGAUGGAGAAUUAUUGACGACAAGCUGGUGGGUUUUAGGCUCGAACAACACGUUAGCCAUGAAACCCUCUUGCUAAUAAGGCCACGGAUGGUAGGGCUGUAACGAGACACCAAAGUUAAGACUCCAUUCCUACGUUCAUUUUUGAAACACAGUUCGUUUUUAAAAUAAAUUAACCUCAUAAAAAUUGUCAGAGAAGACCGUGCCUGUUUCGUUCCGUGCUCCACUUAGAGUAAAUGCUCCGUCUUGUUUCUCAAGUCACUCAGACUGCCUGCUAAAAAUAUAUAAAAUAAUGUCUUUCAUUAAGCUACGGUUGAACUUUAGCUGUGAGUACUUGAUUAAAUAUUUAUUUUCUUGAAUACAGAUGCCGUGUCUUGCCUCAAGUCAAAUAAAAUGACUUUAAAAUUGUCGACUGGUUUACAACACAAUGCAAGGCAGAAAUGACUGUUUUUUUGUGGUCCUGGUUGUGAAUUCAAAGGAUGGCCAAUCUAAUGAGUCCAAAAAUAUCUGCGUGGCUUAGUGUAAAAUUCCACACAGAGAAGAAAAAUGUUGAAUGUGACUGAUAAUGCAAGCAGUUUUGUGGACUGAAAUAAAACAAUGUGUCAUAAAAAAAGGCCUAUUAUGUUUUAAUGGUGUCAUUUUACUCGAGAAUUUACAUAUGUCCAUUAAACACAUGAAAGGGAUCCCAAACAACCUCAAUCUAAUAUUGCACUGUGUAUGAUGCAUCGCACCACAAAGUACAUAUAAGACACUUAAGUUUAAAUCCAAAAUUAGCUUUAUGUUGAAGCAAAUUGUAGUUGAGUGUUCAGUGUAUACACUAAGAGGGCAGCACAUAAUAUCAAUAGUACCUGAUGGAUUGUCAACAAGAGCCCCUGUAUUUACCUUUCUGGGGAGAUUGGGUCAUGUGGCUUUGGCAAGCUGUGCCCUGUCACUGUGAUGCCAUUUUCACAAAGUGGCAUAAUGACCAACCCCUAAAAAUGAGCGGAUUUAAUCAGAAUGCCUGCAUUUCAAUUUGUAACUUUGCAUGCAUGUCCCAAGUUUCUAUUUUCAUUGACUAUGAAGUGAGUGUAUAGUGGUGUUACUGUUUCAGCAAACCGAAGCACAAAGAUUCCAUUGCAUGUGUCCCAUUCACACCAGUAGCAAAGCGGGAUAAAAAUAUGCAAUAUCUGCUUGGAAAGAGUAAUGAUUUAGAUGACUCUUCCCUGCAAACAAGUGGCACCAACCGUAUCGCUAGCAGGUGGAGACUUAAAACCUCAAAGGACUACAACAGCAGGUUACAGCAACUUUCAUUUAUUAAGACAUUCUUAUAAUUUGAGAGGAUAUCUGAAAAGUAGUGCAGGGGGGAGGUGUGCAUGUCGCUAAAUGCUAAUAUACCCUAUUGUGAGUAAAACACCAGCAAACUAUGGCCUAGCCGAGAAAUUCUGACGGCGAGUUGGAUGAAAACAUGAUACAUUUAAAUAAACA